CACGUGAAGGCAUCAGAUCCUCCUCUAAGCUAGUGAGGCUCCUUCAUCCCCAGCAGCGGACAGAAGAAGAAGAAGAGGGAGGAGGAAGAGGCGGUAGAAGAAGAAGAAGAAGCAGAAGCAGAAGAAGAAGAAGAAGGUGUUAGUAUCAGUUCGCUGCCCACCAUGCUGAACUCUCAGAGGUCUCUGUCCGAGCUGCCCAAGAUGUCCGCGGCCAGUCAGGUGGAGAGAGCCGUGCUGGAGGAGGAAUUUAACUGGCUGCUUAAAGAGGAAGUCCACGCUGUCCUGAAGCAGCUCCAGGAUGUCCUGAAGGAAGCAUCAAGACGUUUCUCAAUGCCGACACCAGGUCUGGAGAGUCAGCUCAAACAGGAAAACUUCAUCCUCGGCAGUUCAACCAUGGAUCAGGUGAAGGGGGUACUAACUCUGCAGGGAGAGGCUCUGACUCAGGCUGACAUAAACCUGAAGGUUGCAAAAAGUAGCCAAGUGCUGCACUUUCAGUUCAGAGAGGACAAGCAGUGGAAGCUGCAGCAGAUCCAGGAUGCCAGGAACCAUGUGAACCAGGCUCUGCAGCUGCUGAACAGCCGCGAUGAGAGCUACCACUUCCAGACGGGGGCUGAGGUCAAUAAGCUCAUGGAUGCAGUGAUGCUGCAGCUGACGCGAGCACGAAACCGCCUCACCACCCCGGCCUCCAUGACUCUCCCUGAGCUGGCCACCAGUGGUCUGAUGAAAAUGUUCACUCCUCCCAUGCCUGGGGAUGUGAUGGUGAACUUUUACAUCAACCUGAGCAAACUGUGUCUGACCGUCUACCAACUUCAUGUGCUGCCCGCCAACACCACCAAGAAUUUCAAACCAGCUGGAAGUUCAGUGUUGCACAACCCUGGAGCGAUGUUUGAGCUCAACAACAACCGUUUCGAGGUGAGCCACGUUCACAAGGUGGAGUGCGUGGUGCCUUGGCUCAAUGAUACGCUGGUGUUCUUCACCAUCUCCCUGCAGCUCUGUCAGCAGCUUAAGGACAAGAUAUCAGUCUUCUCUAGUUUCUGGAACUACAGACCUUUCUAAUCCUCCUCAAGUCAAUCCUCCCAACUAACCACACAAGUGUAAGGGACAUCCUGUGAAGGUUUUAUUUUUGUAUGUGUUGUUCACCCUCUCAUUCAGUCUAAGGUGUUGCAUGAAUAGGCGAAGGAGCCAAUCGAAUCCUAACAGAUAUCAAUAAUUGCCAUUUCCCACAUUGCAUCUUAUAGCACUGACUUGAACUUCGGAAAGAAUGAAUGUUAUUGUUGAUUUAUCAUUAGGAUUUUUUGUUACAUUUAAGCUAUUUAAUACUGAGUAUUUAUCCCAAUGUUAUCAUGCGAUCUGUCUUAUUGUGUGGAAAACUAAUGUGUGUACUCAGGGUUGGAAAACUUAGAGGAGUAAGAAGUUAGAGCUCACAGUGGGAGGUCUUUUCUUGAAAUAUUUUUUAUUUCCCUCAUUUUCCUCCAACAUUUUCACACUCCUAUAAGAGAAACAUGAAACAAAACUGAGCAUUGUCACUGUUCAUGGACAAUACACUGUAGUUAUCUACUUAACGGAACAAUUCCAAAUUUUGGGAAAUCCUUGUUAGUUCAGUUCGAUACUACUCUCAUGCCUUUAACUAUUGAACUAUUUUAGAAGGGAUUGAUAACUUGACUGUGGAUUUUUUUCACUUUCACUAAUUCCAAAAUCAUUCUUAUUACCAGUGAUAAGAAUCAGGGCAUUUGAGACAGAGUUCAAAGUAAAGUUCAGUAAGUUGUUCAAUUAUCAAUACAGGGUGUUGCACAAAAAAUAUUUGAAAUGCUAAUUACAGUGUGUGUCAUUAGAUGCUAGAAUAUUGUAAAUGCAAAAUAAAAAAAUUCUGUGAGGAGACACAAAAGUUUUGUGAAAACAUUUCCCAUCGUGAGCUCUGAAGGGAUUUAAAUCAGUCCUUUACAGUCACUGUUAAGCUACCAGUCAUGUCUGUGAUUUCAAGUGUUUGUCCGUUCUGUGUUCAUAUUUAUUUGACAUAUUUUGCACAAUUUGUUGAUUCCCUGUGAACCAAACACUAAUCUAAUUGUGAGCAAAUGACUUCAUUCCAAUAAGUGUUAUUCUCUAUUUUGAAAGUUGCUUCUCAUAUAAAAUAUUAAAUGAUUUUUCUGUGCAAUAAAAUAUUCGA